CGUGAACAAAACCAGGGCAGUGAAGUAACACCAGAUACCAACUGAGCCGGUGACGGAGUUUUUGUAUCAAUCCAAUCAAAUUCUUCCACGUCAACACUCCUUCCUUUAACGUCACCCACGUGUCGACGGUCACCGUCAACUCACCCUCUUCCGUCAAAAAACGUUACCAAUAUCGAAAAAAUAAAAUACAAAAACAAAAUUAAACGUAACAAACCACGAAAAGACGUCGGUAAUAUUGAUUCUCGCCGGCCAAAUUUUAAAAAUAAAUAAAUGAAUAAAUAAAUAAAACCCUAAACUAUUUCUCUCUCUAACUACUUUCUCUCUCUUUUUUUCUCGGUGAAUCGGAGGUGAGGUUGUUAUGGACGACGACGACGAGAUCCACUCCAAUCCAUCACCGUUGAGCGGAUCUCCGGUGUCAUCACCGGGAGCAAUAGGUCGGAUUUCGGUGACGGUUGCGGCGCCUGCGCCGCAAGAACAACCGGUGGUGAACAGCUAUGCAUUAGCGCUUCCGAUUCAGAAUCAGCCGAGAGGAAACAACGGUGGAGGGAGGGAGGAUUGCUGGAGCGAAGGCGCGACGGCGGUGCUGAUCGAAGCGUGGGGAGAGAGGUAUCUUGAAUUGAGCAGAGGGAAUCUGAAGCAAAAGCAUUGGAAGGAGGUGGCUGAGAUCGUUAACGGGAGAGAGGAUUAUUUGAAGGCGCCGAAAACUGAUAUCCAGUGCAAAAACCGGAUCGAUACGGUUAAGAAGAAGUACAAAUCGGAGAAAGCCAAGAUCGCUGCCGGAGGCGGCAUCGCAGUCAGUAAAUGGCCGUUUUAUGAUCGAUUAGAACACCUGAUCGGUCCAACCGCUAAGAUCACCGGCGUCACAGGUGCCAGCACUUCCGGAAACAGUAAUUUGCCACCGCAAAAAGUUCCGCUGGGAAUUCCGGUAAAUCUUCGCCCCGGCGGUGUUGCGAAUCUGUUUAAUAAUUCUCAAAAGAAAAAUCAGAAGCAACAGCCACAGCCACAGGUUCAGUUGAAUUACCAGAAGGUUCAGCUCCGACCACGAGUUCCGGCGGUGGAUUCCGAUAACUCAUCGGAAAGAGAAGCAAUAUCGCCAGUUUCAAGUGACAGUUUACCGCCGGAGAGUCACGAGAGGAAGAGGACGAAAGUGAAUCCAACUGGCGGAGAAGGGAGAAGAAAAGGAAAAGGUUGGGGAAGUGCGGUGAGGGAAUUGACUCAGGCAAUUGUGAAAUUCGGUGAAGCUUAUGAACAAGCGGAAACAUCGAAGUUGCAGCAGGUAGUGGAGAUGGAGAAACAGAGGAUGAAGUUUUCAAAGGAUUUGGAGUUGCAGAGAAUGCAGUUUUUCAUGAAAACACAGUUGGAGAUUUCACAGCUCAAGCUUGGAAGAAGAAAACGUGUUACUGGUAAUGGUAACCCUAGCAAUCAUCAUAACAACAACACCAAUGAAAACAUCAACAACAACCAUAACAAUAAUAGUGACACUGAAUGAGUGAGUGAUGAUUAUGAUUAGGUUAAGGUUAGAUUCAAAUUUCAAUUCCAAUUCCAAUUAGUCUUUCUGUGAAGACUUGUGUAUGUGUUUAGUUAUAAUGGAUUAAUAUGUAUCCAUUAAUUGUUACAGUUAACUUAGUGAGAUGUUGUUGCCAAUGAGAGAAUAAGAAAAAGAGGAGUGUGUUGUGCUAAAUAAUUUAGUAUAUCGAUGUAGCAUAUGUAUAUCAUCAUUAUGUGUAACACCGUUCUGAAUUGUUGUUAUUAUCAGUAUCAUUGUUGAUA